AUGUCCAAACCGUCCGGCCUCACUGCGGUCAAUGGACACGCAGAGUCUCCAUCGGAUCGACCUCCCCCGCAAUCCGCAUCGUCCCCACCACCCGACAUCUACAAUGCCAGCUCCGUCGCAGAGAUAAAGGCCACCCUGUCGCACCUCCACAACCAAGAGGCCUCCGUCACAGCCCGUUUAGAUGCACUCGUGGCUUCGCAGAAGGAUUUCUCUCGGGAAUUGGGUCGAUUGGAUGUACUACGUGCCAACCUCGGGUCUAAAACCAGCACUACUCGUUCUAUCAGCCAUGGCAUGCUCUCCGAUGCCGCUGCCACUGCCGACCGUAUCUCCAGUGCCGUUCGCAGCCUCGAUCUGGAACAGGCCCGGGUGAAGGCUACUCUGGAAGUCGUAGAGCAGGUAGCUGAGCUCAAGGCUUGCGUACUGGGUGUCUCGGGCUCCAUGGGGGCUCCGCAGGACUGGGAGACGGCUGCUAGUUAUCUCAACCGGGCGUCCAAGAUCCCCGCGGAGGUGGUGCAUGGUGCAUUCGCAGCUGAGAUGGUUCCCACGGCUGAAGUCCCGGACCCGCCGAAUGUUACAUUGGAGAAUGCAGCUGAGUCGUUAUGUGGUUUGUUUCUCCGCGAGUUUGACAAGGCCGUCAAGGAGAACAACGGAGCCAAGAUCACGCGGUUCUUUAAACUGUUUCCCCUCAUUGGCCGCUCCGAGGUUGGACUGGAUGUUUAUGGACGAUAUGUAUGCCAGGGCGUGGCAGCGCGUGCACGAAGCAACCUCAAUGCGGGCGCUGGAGGGUCUCAAAGCAAAGAUGGAUUCUUCUACGCCAACGCUCUUACCAAAUUGUUCGAGCACAUUGCACAGAUUGUCGGUGGCCACGGUGGACUUGUCGAGCGUCAUUAUGGCCCGCGGAAAAUGAACCGGGUCAUUGAACGGUUGCAAGUCGAAGCAGAUGUCCAGGGAGGCAUUAUUCUUGACACUUGGAGUGACGAGAGGCAUGUGGAUCGCAAGCUUACGGAUAUCAAGUCGUACGCGUUCACUUUCCUGGUCCAGAGCUUUCUUCCUGCGCAGCGGACAGGGACUCCACGGUCGAACUCCCCAGCGAAUCGAGACGGUAGCGCAGCUCCCGGGGAAGAUGAGGGAGUGGACAUGAAAGAGAUUGACGGGCUACUAAACGAGAUGGGCGUCAUGUUGGGCCGGUGGUCACUUUACUGUCGGUUUUUGGCUGAUACAUGCAAUGCUCCUGAGGAAGGGGAGGACGAUGAUCGACGAUUGGUGAUGCCAGCGUUCCUAAAGGAAUCUUUACUGUCCCGGAAGAUCAAUGACCGCAUAGCCACUCCAUUCAACACCAUGACUACAUUCUUCCUUCGACGGUCGGUAGAAAAGGCGUUCCAGAUGGAUGAGCAGCCUGCUGGCUUGACUUUGCACCCGCAGAGGCCAUUGAAAGCGGAUCCACCACAUAUCACCUCUGCCGUGGAUGAUAUCAUGUACAUAGUCAACAAGGUCCUGCAACAAUCCUUGGCCACGUCUCAAAUUGCAGUGGUCACCAAUGUUGUGCCCACAUUGGCAAGGGUGCUAGGAUCCGACUUUAUCGGCAUGACGCAGCGGAAGAUGCGCGACGAAUGCUACCCCCGGGCUGCUGUCCAGGGUGCCCAGCCGCCUGAACAGAUAGUGCUCUCGUUCUUGGUCCUGAUCAACAACCUCGACGUCGCCGUCGACUAUAUUCGCCGCAUUGUGCAGAACAAUAGGGAAAAGAAGCAAGCCGUGAUGGGACCGGAUGGAAUACCAGAAGAAACGGACCAGCUGCGCUCACUCUUCCCUGCACCCGCAGAAACUGCCCUCGUGGCACAGACGAUACAGACCCUAUCUUCAUCCUUCGAAUCCAAGGUCAACGAUCUCCUAUCUGACGGCAUCCAAGUCACAUUCAACAACGUCGUCAAGCAUCGUCUCCGUCCCAUCCUCGCCGACGCCUUCCGUGACAUCGAAUACCAACCCCGCGAUGACCGAGACCCCACCAGCACCGUCUACAACGACUACCACCACGACGAUGACGAUGCCGACGGCGACGACGACACCAGCCGAGCCGAGCUCGUCCGUCCUCGCUUCGCAGCCAGCUGGUCCGAGUUACUCCUCCCCAUUGCCCGCAUCCUGACCGCACCUGCCUUUGACCGUCUCCUCACCGUAACAAUCGCCUAUCUAACUCGCCUCCUGGAGAAACGACUCUGGUCCUACCAGGGCCGUGUCAAUUCCCUGGGCGCCACCCGACUCGAACGCGAUAUAUCCGGUGUUGUCGCGGCGGCGGUAGACGUCGGGGGUGGACAUGGAGCGCCGGGCCGGUAUCGACACCGCGAGGCCUUUGCGCGGUGUAUGCAAAUGGUCAUGGUCAUGGGGAUGGAUGAUGAUGAGUGGGAGGAUGUUAUGAAAGGAGGGGAGACGGCCGAGGUGAUUGAUCGGCUGAGCGUGGAGGAGAGGGUAAGGGCUAGGGGGAUGGUGAGACGGGAUAUGGUUUAA